GGUUAAGGAGCCUGGGUUUCUGCACUCGGGGUUUGGGUAGAGGAGCAGAAUGGAGGCCAUUGUUCGCUUUCUGUAGGCUUUGUUUAACAGUUCUCACCCCCUCCUGUUCUUACUUUUUAAAGCAGUGAGGCGAGGUAGACAGCGUGUGUCACAGUACAGUGAAAAAGGGGAAGAUCUAAAGACCAAAAAAGAAGUUAAUCACAAGAAGGGGAGUUUGGGGGAGAAAAAGUUGCUAGUGCCGCGCGGAAAAGGAAAAAAAAAAUUAAAAAAGCACCAAAAAACCCCUCAAACUCGAGUAAAUACCCGGAGGUAAAAAUGGAGCCCCGCUCCCAGCACGCAGGGCAGCCGGCGGAGGGUUCCCCCCACCAUCCCCUCCCCGGUGCCCGCGCAGAUCCCGCGCAGGUCCCGCGCAGCGCCGCUCCCCCCGGGCCCGCUCCUCCCGCCGCCCCGCACACCUUCCCGGCGCCGCUGCACACUUUUUAAUGUACUUCUUCUGCUUUGUCCUAGAGGGAAGACUUUAACUAGUGACACGCAGAUGUGCGAGUCCCUAAAUUGUAUGAGAGGACAGUCCACCCCGCUUUCAGACUGCUAUAGGCGACCCCCGUGGGAUACCGCUCUAUCAGCCCAACAUGCAGAACACUUAUUUAUUGCUAAGAAGCCUGGGCUCUUGGAGUCAAUUUAUCAGGAGGCUCCAAAGAGAGGAGAGCGGAGAGCGCGUAGAGCAGAGCUUCUCCAGGGAGACCCUCCAAAGCCUGGAGCUUCAGGUCACAGCGGCGUGAACCAGCUCGGCGGGGUGUUCGUCAACGGGAGGCCGCUGCCCGACUCCACGCGGCAGAAGAUCGUGGAACUCGCUCACAGCGGCGCCCGGCCCUGCGACAUCUCCCGGAUCCUGCAGACCCAUGCAGAUGCAAAAGUCCAAGUGCUGGACAAUCAAAACGUGUCGAAUGGAUGUGUGAGUAAAAUUUUGGGCAGGUAUUACGAAACUGGCUCCAUCAGACCCAGGGCAAUCGGAGGUAGUAAACCGAGAGUAGCGACUCCAGAAGUUGUAAGCAAAAUAGCGCAGUAUAAACGAGAGUGCCCCUCCAUCUUUGCGUGGGAGAUUCGAGACAGAUUACUAUCAGAGGGGGUCUGUACCAACGAUAAUAUACCCAGUGUGUCGUCGAUAAACAGAGUCCUACGCAACCUGGCUAGCGAAAAGCAACAGAUGGGUGCCGACGGGAUGUACGACAAGCUAAGGAUGCUGAACGGGCAGACGGGGACCUGGGGCACCCGACCCGGCUGGUAUCCCGGCACCUCGGUACCCGGGCAGCCCACGCAAGAUGGCUGUCCGCAACAGGAGGGAGGAGGGGAAAACACUAACUCCAUCAGCUCUAAUGGAGAAGAUUCAGACGAGGCCCAAAUGAGACUCCAGCUGAAAAGGAAGCUGCAGAGAAAUAGGACAUCCUUUACCCAAGAGCAAAUCGAAGCCCUUGAGAAAGAAUUUGAGAGGACCCACUAUCCCGAUGUGUUUGCAAGAGAGAGACUAGCUGCUAAAAUAGACCUGCCUGAAGCAAGGAUACAGGUGUGGUUUUCCAACAGAAGGGCCAAAUGGAGAAGGGAAGAGAAGCUGAGGAACCAGCGAAGACAAGCCAGCAACACUCCCAGCCACAUUCCCAUCAGUAGUAGUUUCAGCACAAGCGUUUACCAGCCGAUCCCACAACCAACCACCCCCGUUUCCUCUUUCACAUCAGGUUCCAUGUUGGGCAGGACAGACACGGCGCUCACGAACACGUACAGCGCGCUGCCGCCCAUGCCCAGCUUCACCAUGGCCAACAACCUGCCUAUGCAACCCCCGGUACCCAGCCAGACCUCCUCCUACUCCUGCAUGCUGCCCACCAGUCCAUCGGUGAAUGGACGGAGCUAUGAUACAUACACCCCUCCUCACAUGCAGACACACAUGAACAGCCAGCCCAUGGGCACCUCUGGCACCACUUCCACAGGUCUCAUUUCCCCUGGAGUGUCAGUUCCAGUUCAAGUUCCUGGCAGUGAACCUGAUAUGUCUCAAUACUGGCCAAGAUUACAGUAA